CGAUGCCGCAGCCGUUCGGAGCUUUAUUAUCGCAGCCGCCGCCGUCGUUACGGCGCACCCGUAUCGCAGCUUUCACCGCUGCCGUCUCGUGUCGCCGCCUACGUCCGUCGUCGAUGCCGCCAUCCGACGGCAGCAGCACCAACAACAACAACAACAACAACGCGUCCGACACCGCCGGCCCUUAUCGCUGCCGCUGACUCCGCCGCGCUCGCAGUGGUCAGUCGCACUGCCGAGUGCACGUUCGCCCCGCACGGCCGUCGCCGUCGCCGUCGUCGUAGCCGUUUUCGUCGUCGUCGUCGUCGUCGUCCCGCUCGCUGCCGUUUUCGUCGUCGUCGCCGUCGCCGUUAUCGCCGCGCCGCCGUCAUUUUCCACUGCCGUCGCAGUCGCCGUCGCCGCUUUUGCGUUAUCGAACGGCGGCCGCACCUUACCACGCUCGCAAAGCUAUUAUCACUCAGGUACAUCAGCCACUGCUAUUAUCAACUGUCUCGUCGAAACACGAGAUUCUCGUAAUAUAAGCACCGACACCGCCACCGCCACCACCGGCACCGCCUCCACAACUACCGCUAGCACGACCUCCACCGCCGCCACCUCAGCCACCUCAGCCACCUCCGGCUGUAGUCGUACAACCACUGCGAUACUACUACUAUAUUACUACGACUCGCCACGCGUCGCCGUCCUUGUUCAUAAUCAGAAAACAUCGUAGCUGACACAAAAAUGUCCCUCCUCAACGUUAAAGUAAAAAUGGCUCGUUAUGUUGGAGACCAAGCGCCACAAUUCAGCACAUAUGCCACGUUAAAACUACAAAAUGUUAAGUGUACUACCGUGACGGUCAAAGGAGCAAAUCCUUGUUGGCAACAAGACUUUCUAUUCGAGACGAACGACGUCAAUACGGGUCUGUUGGUGGAAGUAUGGCGCAGAGGGUUUCUCCUGGACUACGCGAUAGGAUACCACAUGGUCAGUUUACCAACAGUGCGCUACUCCAACGAGGAUGGCGAAGGAGAUUGGGUGUCACUAGAUGCUGAACUUGAAAUGAGCGACGGUGUAGUGACUGGUACCAGGUGUCCGACAGGACAUUACCUGUUGAUUGAUGCUAGGUUCGAACUACCCUUUGGCCCCUACGAUCCACCGACUGGUUGGAAAGAAAUCUUAGGAGAGCUGGAUAAUUCCAACACGGCUCCGCCGAGCGCCAGUGCAUCAGGAGACAAUGACGAAAUCUGUGAUAUCGUGGACUACCAGAAAAAAUUUGAAAUCCUGAACACUUUCGAACAGGAUUCGAGGUCUGAAGACGUUUCGGCGCAAUUCCAAUAUUAUGGGCAGUCUGCAGGUAAUUCGGAAGACAGUGAUUAUACAAGCGAUUUUAAUUAUCCAAUAUGUCAGCAACAAGCAAAUUCUUCAGCCUCUCAAUUUAGAAAUCUUGCCGAUCAAUUAGAAAUGAGUCCUUGCAGUAGUCCAGAUCAUCCAAAUACAAAAAGCUCAGCGGGUAGUCAACAUUUAUAUGACUCUCAAAGGUAUGAAGAAAGGAGGGUACCAGAGGAUGAUCUAUAUUAUAAUAGUAGGCCAAACAAUUAUAAAGACCACAAAAGGCGAAAAAAUGACUAUAAAAUAGGAACCAGUGAAUGGUAUGAUGAAGGGUCUUCAACAACAUUCCUCGACCAAGAACAAUUUCCCACUUCUUCCAGACAUUCUUGUAAAAAGCAUGUUUCUAAAUAUCACCAACGAAAGACAAAUAAAAAUCGAAGGUCAAGUUUGGAAAGACAAUCAUCUUUGUACCGACCUACUUACUACGAAGAAUAUUAUGAUAAUGGGGACCAAUUUGAACCUUAUGACAAUAAACAAAAUUGCGAACAAGUGAUUCCAUAUGGACCAGAAAAAUAUUACAAUGAUGGACCCAACGAAGAAAUGUACAACUACGAUAAUAGUUAUAGUUAUGCGGACCAAAAGGAGGAAGAUAGUCAAUGGGAUGGCGGGGGUGUUGGAGAGUACUACUAUUCACCUGGGUCGAGUAGUGACACUCAACAGCUAAAAACCACUUACCCCGUUCAGCAAGAAGUCGAUGAAGAAAACGAAGAGGUAUAUUUUUCACCGAACCAAAGUUAUGAAGAUCGUCAUUACAACGAAACUCCAUACGAAGUAUCACCACCAGCGGUACCGGCUCAAAGGCAUAAACAACUUCCUGAAAUACCCGCUAAAAAGACGCCUUAUAUGGAAUACUACUCAAAUUCUUAUUAUAAUGAACAGGUAUCGAGUACCAAAAAGAUGUUACCUCAAAUACCUCACUCGCGGAUCAAGCAAUCGCCUUCGUUGCCACAAACGUAUCAAAAAAUUCAGCGAAGAGCCAGCACUGACCAGAGGUCCAGUUCGUUGGACCAUAAAGACGGUGAAGACUAUACAUAUACCGAGACGAAUGUUAAGGGGCAAUUCGAAGAGUACGACGACGGCUAUUAUAACGACAACAUUAGUUUACAACAAGAAAAACAGUACGCACAAAAUAAUACGAUAAGUUCGACUAACGCGAAUAACGAAUAUGAUAGCCAAAGAAAUAGCAUGGACGAUAAAAAAGAAGAGACCGAGGGAUUUAACCGCAGGGAUACGUUUAUGAAGUUUUAUCAAAGAACUGUGAAGCAUUUAGAAAAUCCCCGAAGUUUUUUUCAACAACACAACGAUUCAGCAGAAUCACAAGAAGAACAUAAAGAGGUGAUCGACGCGUCUUAUUUAAUUAUUAAGUAUAAUAAGUUUUGAAAAGUAUUUAGGUAUUUUAACAUACGUUAUGUAGUGUUAGAUUCUUCAUGCUAAUUUGUUCAUAAUCUAUUAAUA